GCUCCAGGGAAUAUAGACUUCAAAAGUCUAAAACCCUAUAAAAGAAGAAGAAGAAGAAGAAGAAGAAGGUGGCGAAGCAUACAGUGCCCAAGAUUUAAUUCACACAGAAUCAAUUUAUUACAAUCACUAAAUAAAAUAAAAAUACAAACUCCUGCAGACCAACCACCAGCGAAGAAGUAUUCCAUUCUGAGACACAAAAAUCUUCCUACAAAAGAACAAGUAUAAUAGCUAUAAUCUCAUAACAACGAAGACCCACAAGAGAAAAUCCAGGGAGUAUAGACUAUACUAUAGAGUCUAAAACCCUAUAAAAGAAGAAGAAGAAGAAGAAGAAGAAGAAGAAGAAGAAGAAGAAGAAGAAGAAGAAGAAGAAGAAGAAGAAGAAGAAGAAGAAGAAGAAGAUGGCGAAGCAGCUCAGGUUAUUACGGAAUUUCUGGGGAAGAUGUAGCUUUACGACAGAUGUGAGGGCAUGUCACUCAUUCCCCGUCAGAAGGACAGCGACGGGGAAGGGAACAGCAGCCCCCGAAAGGACGUAUUCAAGAACAAGUGUUAUUAUGAAGGAAUUCAAUUCAAAAGGGAGAAGAGGAGUGAAUACAAAUUUUGAACCGUCUUUGAAUAAUGAAGCGUCAAAAAGUCACAGUGAUGCUGUAAAAGAAAUGACUCCACCAAUACAGAACACUUUGGCAACGCUGACGAUGAAGCUGGAACGUCUGGGUUGUAUAAAUGCAAAGGAUAUUUUGAGAGCUGUAAAAGUCUUUGAGGGCUGUGCUGAAAAUAUUACUAGCAAAGAUUAUCAAAAGCUUUUACAAAUGACAAUCAGGAUGGUAGAAGAAGAGUAUCGGCCGGGCGCUAGCCAUGUGCAACGAGUAUGGAAGCUGACAGAUGGCAGAGAUGACCUUAUCAAUGAGGAACAUGUUGAGCUGUACUUGAGGAUGUGUUACCUUGCUGAAGUUCCCGCUGACCCGUGGGACGUCCUCAGUCAACUAAAAAGGCUGAAGUUGGAGCCAAACCGUGAAGUCCUGGAGCUCUUCAUGCUGCUGUUUGGCUGGCGGGGAGACCUAGGGGGAGCAACCAGCACCCUGGCUAUUAUGAAGGAGCGAGACAUUCCCAUCACCGAGACCACAUUUUCCUCUCUCAUUGUGGCUCACGGAGUCAAUAAGGAUCCACAGGGUAUUCAGUCUGUCUUGGACACAAUGAGGAGUGUGCAGAUGUCACCCACCAGGAUCACAUAUGAAGCACUCAUGACAGCCUUUGCCGUUUCUGGCUUGAUCCCGGAGGUGAAGCGCGUGGCGAGACAGAUAAAACAGGAAAAAAUCAGCCUGUCUCAGAGCCAGCUAUCAUCUGUACUUCUUAGCCUUAUCAAGAGUGGCCAAGCUGGGACGGAUUUUGAAAAUGUGGAUUAUAUUGUAGGAAUGAUGGAGGAAGCUGCCGGCAAGAUGGAUCUGUCAAGACUUAUGCUGCAGUGCAUCCAUUCUGGUUAUGUGAGGGAAGCUGUUCAUCUCUUGCCGAAGCAGCCUCUGAUACGGCAGAACAACCACUUGUAUACUAAUGCAAUGGUUUAUCUGCGGGAAAUGGUUCAUGCCAAAGUUGAACCAGACUUACUGGUGGAAAUGUGUAAUGAUGUUCGUCAGCAAGAAAUCAACCAGUACUCCUUAGAAGUCGCCCUGGAAUGCGCUCUGGCGGAACACCGAGAGGAACUGGCCUGGGCGCUGAUCCGAGCUCUUAAGGCAGCAGGGAAUCCCGUGAGACAGCAUUACUUCUGGCCUCUCCUUCAUUACAGUGCUCUUACUAACAAUUCUUCAAAGUUGCUCGGGUGUGUUAAGGAAAUGGUGAAGUUGGACAUAACACCAGACUUGGAAACUCUCCGUGAUCAUGUGAUACCAGGCCUCAUCAUUAAUCACCCUCUGUUAACGCUAGAAAUGCUUCAGGGUGCUGGCUUAACCAUCUCUCAGGCGGCCACACCUAUACUUGUUGUCCUCAUUCAGAAUAAGAUGCUGGACCAGUGUUUUGAGUUUGUGAGAGAAAUGAAGCCAUUAUCUCUGCGAGAAAUCAUUUCCCCGCUGGCGUCAGUUUGGGCAGCCAGUCCUCAAAGGGUUAUAUCUCUUUUGGGCAUCCUUAUGGAAAUGAAUAGAUCUACUCUUAAUGAGGGAGAGCUGGAGCCAGAUUGGGGAGGGCAGUUCGUCCUAGACUUGUUGAAUUCAAGAGCUGGACUUAGUGUCCAUCAGAUUCGUCCUCUAUUUGAGGAAUUACACAAGCGCAACGUCAGGGUCUCCGAGAGCGCAGUGGAUAUCCUGAUGACCAGGGCCAGCAAGGUGAUCCAGCAAGCCAUUCGAGACAACCUCAGACUCGUCUUCGAUCCCUCCGUCGGGCAGCCGCCUGAAGGAAGAGGAGUACAAUCUCCUUCCACAUCCUAACAAAAUGAAUGUAGAGGAACUGGAGUGUCAUCUUGUGGAACUGCGUGCCAAAGGCCUGAAUACAAGGGGAACUUUGCGAAGACUGCUCAUCAUGCAUGCAUCGAGCAACAAUACUCAACGUGUUCUUGCACUUAUUAAG